UGCUCCUACCCAUAAUUGCAUUUGUUUGAGCAAAAAAAGGAAAGUAGUCUACAACCUGAGUUCGUUCACCCCAUGGAUGAGGUACAGGGGAAGAAGGAUUACGUAGACCCGCCACCAGCUCCCUUGUUGGACAUGGAAGAACUUAAGAGCUGGUCUUUUCACAGAGCUGUCCUUGCCGAGUUCGUUGCUACUCUUUUAUUUCUUUACGUGUUAGUUGCCACUGUUAUCGGUCACCAAAGGCAACCUGCUUGUCAGGGUGUUGGUCCCCUUGGUAUUGCUUGGGCUGUCGGCGGCAUGAUCUUCGUUCUCGUCUACUGCACUGCGGGAAUCUCUGGUGGUCAUAUUAAUCCGGCGGUAACGUUGGGGUUGUUCGUGGCUCGGAAGGUUUCAUUGGUUCGAGCGGUGGCCUACAUGGUGGCGCAGUGUUUGGGAGCUAUUUUUGGCGCAGGUUUAGCAAAGUCCGUCAUGAAGCACUACUAUAAUACACUAGGAGGUGGUACAAACGUCGUGGUUGCUGGGAACUCGAAAGGCGCCGCUUUGGGAGCUGAGAUCAUCGGCACCUUCGUCCUCGUCUACACCGUUUUCUCUGCCACUGAUCCCAAAAGAAAUGCACGCGAUUCCCAUGUCCCCGUGUUGGCGCCCUUGCCAAUAGGAUUUGCUGUGUUUGUGGUGCACCUGGCCACCAUUCCCAUCACCGGCACUGGCAUUAACCCGGCUAGGAGUCUCGGUGCUGCUGUCAUCUACAACAAUGGACAAGUGUGGGAUGAUCAGUGGAUAUUUUGGAUUGGCCCUUUCAUUGGAGCGGUGAUGGCAGCGGCGUAUCAUCAAUACGUACUGAGAGCUGAGGCUAUGAAAGCUUUAAAAUCCUUCCGCGGCAACUCUACAAGUUAAAGGCGUCGGCUGUGGCUGCCUGCUUUAUUUGCUGAUUGCUGUGUGUGGGUUUUCUCACUCACUUGUUGCAUGUGUGUUGUGACAUAUGUAAAUGUCUUAAGUUGUACUUAAUAAGUGGAUUGGGUGAAAUAAUGUGUGUACGUUUUGAAAUAUGACUGCCAGCCCCAGGCUUAUAUAAUUAUACUAAUGCAUCCAGAUGGAUAUGCUAUGAUCUACAUUAUUUAUUACCCAUA